CUCACACGUGGACACCAGGUGGCGCUGUCGUCCAUCAGCUACGUGGGCUGCUCCGUGUCCGUGCUCUGCCUGGCCGCCACGCUGGUCACCUUCGCCGUGCUGUCCUCCGCCAGCACCAUGAGGAACCAGCGCCACCACAUCCACGCCAACCUGUCCUGCGCCGUGCUGGUGGCCCAGGUCCUGCUGCUCGCCAGCUUCCGCCUCGAGCCAGGCACGACGCUCUGCCGGGUGAUGGCCGUGCUGCUGCACUACUUCUUCCUGAGCUCCUUUGCCUGGAUGCUGGUGGAAGGGCUGCACCUCUACAGCAUGGUGAUCAAGGUCUUCGGGUCAGAGGACAGCAAGCACCUCUGCUACUACGGGAUGGGAUGGG